AUGGAUCACUAUAGCGACCCGGUCUCGGAUGAUGAGACUGUCUCCGAGAGCAACUCGUUACAGCGGACGGCGUCGGUAGAGCAACUGGGGACUGAUCCGCAUACUCAUCUACCCGUAUAUCGAAGCAUUCAUCGUAUUCGCCGUCUUAUCAUGAGCAACAUAGAUGAUCCGUAUACAUCGGAACAGCUGUCCGAUCCUCAAAUGAAUAUGCUCAUUGUGAGACCACUCGUUGACCAGCUCUAUAAUCCGGACGAUGUAUCUGUAGUCUUCUGCCUUCUAGUGAAUCGUACGCAGUUCUUGCGAGAGCAGCAUUAUCAAGUGCAUCUCCAGACUGUGAGCAUCACUCGCGCAAUUCUUUGUGAGAUCCUCGCCAGUAGAGUCCUCCGAAGAUUCGACGAAGAUAAUCCCGGUUACAUGGGCCUUUUGCUGCUGGCGAACAUUCUGGUAGCGGGAUUCGAGCCAUUUCAAAAUGCCCCCGAUGCGAUCAUCAACGCACAGCCAACUGCACGGCAAUGGCCAAUCCAGAAACGAGGAGGCUAUGAGCGCAAGAUCACGGCGUUGGAGGUCGCGAUCAUCUCCGAGAGCAAGACCUUUCUCAGCUCAUCCGCAUGUCAAAAAGUGGUAGACGCUGUGUAUCGUGGACAAGUCAUCUAUACCCCCCUCUCAUUUGUCGACAUAAUCCCGGAUCAUUACAAGCACCGACCUAUAUCGCUCUAUAAUCCUCGCAAAGCACCGAUCCUGAAUCAUCAUCGAUUGAUUGUGCCACGCCUACGCAACAUUAUUGAAAUUGCCCAGUUUGCCGUGCUUCUCCUGUUGUAUGGACUGACGAUGAUAAAACGGGACGGUGUUACAAUUACCGUCUAUGAGGUUGUAUUUUGCACAUAUGCAAGUGGCUGGUUGCUCGAAGAAUUUGCAGCCAUGAUCGAGCAUGGGUGGUACGUCCACACGCAAAACGUCUGGUCUUUCCUUGACAUCGCCUUCUUUAUCAUUUUUGCUCUCUAUUUUACAUUGCGGGCUUACGCUGAGUUCAUGCGAUUGGAGGAUGUGGCUGCGACCUCCUUGCAAAUUCUUUGUAUCGCGGCGCCUUUCCUCCUGCCACGACUGGCCUGUAACCUGAUGCCAGACAACAUGCUAUUCAUCUCGUUGCGGGCCAUGAUGAGGGACUUUUCUGUUCUCACUUUGCUAGCCACGUGGUGCUUUGCGGGCUUCUUUCUCUCCAUGACAUGGCUCAUCAACACACGUGCGGAAUCCGAUGUCAAGUCGCCCGGCUCAGCAACAAUCUCGAAGUGGAUGCUCUGGAUUUGGUUUGGACUGGAUGGGACAGGCUUCGAGCGUUCAGUGGACUUUCACGUCCUUCUCGGUCCUGCCCUGAUGAUCGCGUUUGCAUUUCUCGGAAACACACUUUUCUUGACCAUUCUAGUGUCCAUGUUAACCAACACAUUUGCCAAGAUUGUUGAGAACGCAGCUGCCGAGGUUCACUUCCGUCGUGCAGUUCUGACCUUUGAGGGUGUCAAAAGUGACGCCAUCUUCGCGUAUCGUCCACCGCUGAAUAUUCUUGCGUUGGUGGUCCUACUUCCGCUCAAAUUCAUCCUCUCACCGCGAUGGUUUCAUAAAGUCAAUGUCGCGGCCGCUAGAGCAUGCAAUGCACCUCUUCUUUUGGCCAUCAGCCUAUAUGAGCGGCACCAACUGUGGCGCUCUCCGAAGAAGAACGCCAACAAAGCGUACAAACGAUCGUCUCUCUUCCAGUGGACUUUCUCGGGAUUUUCUCCACACGGUGACAUUCAAGCUGUGUUCGACGUCGAUCCCCCCAAAAACGUUUUCGAUGAUUCGUUGUGA